GCUACAACUAUGUGGCCUCCUCCACGUAUAAUAAAUCAAAGCUUUAAAGUCCAAAACGUACAAACCCAAUUAAAAAACAGGUCAAAACAUUUCUCAUCCAUUUUCUUCCAGAUCGAAAAGACCCAUUUUUCCCCCUAAUUCUUAGCAUUCUAAGUGAUUGGAAAUGGCUUUGGGUGGAGGCGGACCACAAAGGGGGACUGCUGCAGCAAAUGCUGCUAACCUACGUCGAAGGAAGACCACUGGUGGUGGCGGAAGUGCAGGAGCAGCAGGUGGUACCAUGCUUCAAUUUUACACUGACGAUUCCCCCGGACUCAAGAUAUCCCCCAAUGUUGUGCUUGUGAUGAGUAUUGGCUUCAUAGCCUUUGUCGCGAUCCUUCAUGUCAUGGGUAAGCUUUACUUUGUCCGCAGAGAGGCCUAGAGAAAUUCGGAUAUCUCAUUGCUGACUUGGGAAAUUUUUGUUGGGCAACAGCUUUCUUCGUUGAAGGAAGACUGAAAUUGUAGCUUUAUUUUCUUUUUGUUUGUCUAUGCAAUGAAGUUUAUAGAAAAGUUUUCUAGUUAUGAGUUGACUGUUUCUUGUGCUAUCUUUGUUCCAACGUGUAAUGAAUAGGACCAUGCCAAAUUCUAGUUUCUUAAAUCAUGAAUGGAAGCAUGUUGCAAUUGUAGCUUUAGCGAAAA